AUGUCGAAUCCCUUCCAGAACUCCUCGGGCGGGCCCCCUCACGACAGAGGACAAGGCGGCUUCAUACCCCGUAUGAGGGGCUCCUAUGCGUCGGUAGCAUCGAAUAGCGGCUCACCCGUGAUGGCGUCACCCCAUCCGCACUUCAGCACCCUCAGUCGCCCGUUCAGCUACGCGCAACAUGAAACGACCCCCGAGCUAUACACGACGCAUCAAUCCUACGUCCGAACCUCGAGUCACGACAUGGACUCGGAUAGGCACGAGCCCGCCCAAGAUGGCGGAGCAGCUGCUCUCGGGCAGCGUGCUCCCCAACUACCAUCCCAUUCGAGAGCAUUCGAGGGUUUCAUAAGUCCGGCUGGGGACAGUUUCUGGUCGAGCCAGCAUAGACACAAUGGCUUCUUCACGCCCUCCUAUCUUCGGGGCUCAGCCUACAUCCAGAGGCUUGAGGAGGCGCACAAAGCAAAGCAGGCACAAAAGGAGAGCCAGCAACAGGCGGGUGGCGGCGGCGGCGGCGGCGGAGGCAGCGCUCUACAGACAAACCAGGCCACACCUUCCAUCACACCCAAGCCCGCAUCACAUCUGGGCAUGACCUAUGAUUUGAUCGAGCGACCCCCUUCUUUCGAGAAUGACGACUUGGUAGACCCUUUGCCCACCAAGUGGAACCGGGACGACAAGUACGGUGGUUUGGAGGUAAUAGCCGAUGGCCAAGAGGUCAAGUACACGGCACAAAAGCCGCCUGGCGAACGGGAACAUGAAGCAUAUGCUAUCCGGUCCGACCAUGCCAUCGCAAACCACGUUGGUAUCUACUACUAUGAGGUUGCAGUCCUGUCUAGAAAGCGAGACGAGAGCACAAUUUGCGUGGGGUUCACUGCAAAGACAGUCUCGCUCGCCAGACCACCCGGGUGGGAAAGUGACUCGUACGGCUACCACGGAGACGACGGGAACAUUUAUAAUGGUCAGAAUGUUGGCAAGCAUUACGGGCCUCCAUUCGCCACUGGCGACACGAUUGGUUGCGGCAUCAACUUUAGGACAGGCACUGCUUUCUUCACCAAGAACGGUGUUUACCAAGGGAUCGCUUUCCGGGACGUUAAGGGGAAGCUAUACCCCGUUGUUGGAAUGAAAAGAAACGGCGAGCAUAUCCGAGCCAACUUUGGACAAACUCCGUUCAUCUUUGACAUUGAUGGCAUGAUGAAGCAAGAGCAAGCCAAGAUUAAUAAUGCUAUCUCCGAGACCAACACGGCAAACCUAACAAGGCCGCCGAUGAACGAGACUGACUUGAUUCAGCAGCUGGUACUCCAAUUCCUGCAGCACGAUGGCUAUGUUGAGACAGCGAGAGCUUUUGCAGAAGAGAUUCAAUCAGAAAAACAAGCUCUGAACAUCGGACCGAGUGCUCCGCUGGAAGGUAUCAAUAUCAAGGAUGAUGAAGAUGCGAACCGUAGACAACGUAUUCGGAGAGCUAUUCUCGAGGGUGAUAUCGACAAAGCGUUCAAGUAUACAACUAUGUACUACCCUCAGGUGUUGAAGGACAACGAGCAAGUGUAUUUCAAGCUACGGUGCCGGAAAUUCAUUGAGAUGGUACGGAAAUCGGCCGAACUGAGCAGCCAGACACUUGGAAGCAGCAAGAAAAGCAACGGUCAUUUCAUCGAUGGCAGUCCAAAUGAGAUGGACCUCGACGAAAACGGCUUUCCAGACAAGAUGGACACUGAAGACGGACUUGACGCACUGGGAGGCGACGAGGCCGCGUUGGCAAAUGCGACCAUUAUCUAUGGGCGGGAACUACAAGAAGAGUUCAAGAGCGACCCGAGGCGUGAGGUCAGCAAGGCUUUGCAUGACGUCUUUUCCCUCAUGGCCUACUCGAACCCACUGGAGGUUCCUGAGAUCAGUCAUCUGUUCGACAGGAGAAGCAGGCAGACAGUGGCAGAGGAGCUAAACUCUGCCAUCCUACGAAGAUCGUCUCGGUCGGCCCUGGAAACCCUCUACGGCCAAACCAGUGUCUUAUUAGACUACCUGCGCGACGAUGGUGGGCCUGGAUCUUUCGUUACGAUCCAGUCGGUGAUCGACGAGAUACCCAAAUCGCCAUACUAG